AUGGAGAACUUGGUGCCUGGCUCCAACCUUCCUCCACUUUUUGCAGAUGAAGAUGGAUCUAAGGAAGGUAGUGAAAUUACUAUAACUGGAUUAGCUCAUUCUGAGAGUUCAUUCGGUGGUGGAACUUCACAGUCUGUGAAUAACCCAGAUUUGGUGGAGGAUUUGUCACAGGUUCAGCCGCUGCAAAAUGAGUCCUCGAAUACUGCUGAAAACACUGAGCAGAAGCCUGAGGAGGAGCAGCAAAGAACUAAACGAGGAGGCUGGGCCAAAGGGAGAAAGAGGAAGAAACCCCUUAGGGACACCAAUGCCCCCAAAUCCCCCCUCACAGGGUAUGUGCGAUUCAUGAAUGAGCGUAGGGAGCAGCUUCGAGCGAAGAGGCCUGAAGUUCCUUUCCCAGAGAUCACCAGGAUGCUGGGCAAUGAAUGGAGUAAACUGCCUCCUGAGGAGAAACGGCGAUACCUUGAUGAAGCAGAUAGAGAUAAGGAGCGUUAUAUGCGGGAGCUGGAGCAGUAUCAGAAGACUGAAGCCUACAAAGUCUUUAGCAGGAAAGCACAGGACAGACAAAAAGGCAAAUCACACAGACAAGAUGGAGCAAGACAGCCAGCCCAUGAGCAUGAGGUAAACCUCUUCAUUCUACCCUUACAUCAGUGGGUAGAUUUUCAGAUGACAAAAGUAUCUAGUGAAGUCAAUAAAAACCAGUUUAUGCCAGUUGAAGACCCGAAUCAGAGGUUUAGA